GCUGCCCGCCCCCGCAGCAUGGCGGGCCGCACGGUGCGGGUGCGGGGCCUCCUCCCUGACCUGCCGCCCGACAGGCUGGUGGACAAGCUGACCAUCCACUUCCUGCGGUCCCGCAACGGCGGCGGGGAGAUCGCCGAGGUGCGGGUGCUGCCCGGGCCCCCGCCCUGCGCCCUCCUCACCUUCGAGGCGCUGGAAGUGGCCCAGAGGAUCCUGGAGGUGAAGAGCCACGUGCUGUCCGUCGGGGGGAAGCAGUACCCGCUGGAGGUGACGGCGCACGAUGCUGAGCUGAGCCCCGAUGAGAUCUUUAUAUGCGCUUAUGUGAUAGUUGACUACAGCAAGCUUCCUGAUGGCAAAACCCUCCUGAAGAACUUGCAUAAAGGCUACAGCAAUGUCCUCUUUGACUUUGACUCCAAGAACACACACUGCAUAGUCAAGGGGCCAUUCAUGGAGCUGCAGGCCUUCAGCAGGGACUUGCUGGGGACCCUGAACCUCGAGAGCCAGCUUGCUGGAGAGCUUCUCCUGCCAGGUUCUGUCAGAGUCACCAGAGAGACCAGAAUGCGUGAUCGCCAGCAAGUGCCUGACUCUCCUGAGUCAGCAGGAGAGAUGGCAAAGCUGCCAAACUGGGACCAGGUGUGUGAAAAGGCAGCUAAACUCCCAUCACCUCAGAGCCCAGUGGAUGGGGAAUCUGUGGAGCAGCUGGAGGACUUUUCCCUAGUGAUGGACUUGGACAUUUACUUGUACAUGCAGAGGUUCUGUGCUGCUGAGUACCAAGGUGUGCUACGCAAGUAUGGUGUGGAUGUGGUGGAUGUUAGUGGUGAUGGCAUCACCACACUAUACCUCCAGCUACCUGCAGAUGUGUCUGGGAACAUGGACACCCUGCGACAGGCCCAUCUGGCCCUGCAGCAGCUUUACCAGCAGCUGGAGGCAAGAUUGCGCAAGGAGAAGAUCACCAAAGAAGAACUGGGUCUGGACAGCCAGGCACUCAGGGUUCUGACGCAUGAGCUGAAGAAACUGUACCCCCAGUUGCUCUGCCAUGAGGAUGUGAAGCAGCUUUAUCUUAUUGGAAACCUUGUUGAUGUCUCCCAGGCCAAGCAGAACCUUCAGGCUCUCAGCACCAGGAGAGGUGCUGCACACACGGUUGGCACGCCCAGCGGCUCCCAGCCCUCACAUCCAGCAACCUCCCGCACCACAGAGGCUGCACUGCAGAAGCCCAAGGUGCUUGUGGACUCCUCACCCUCCAGGCUCAGCCCGGGCAGGCUGGAGCUGAAACGUGAGCUCAAGCUACCUGCCAACUUCAGUACUCUGAAAGCUGACAGAUCUCAGGCCGGCCAGGGUGUCUUGCUGAAUCAGGACCCUCCACCAGUGGGACAGGUGCAGCUUUCUGGAAGGCACUUACCAGACAGAGAUGCUCUCAGUCCAACUGACCCAACAGCACUGACCCAGCAGUUCCAGCCUCAUGUUUCUACAAAUGAUUUUGUUUUGGGGUCAGCAGCAGAGUCUCAGCAGAAGGCCCCCAAAGAAUGGGACCAUGUGAAAGGAGGUGCCCACCUUACAAGACACAAGGCUCUGUCUCCCCUUGGAGGCAAAGAAAAUGGCACUUGGAGGCAUCCUGGGGACUCUAAAGGCUCAGGUCCCAUCAAACCCUACCCCCUCACUAGCCUGUCUACUACCUUUGACGUGACAAGGACCUCUUCUGCUUUAGACUUUAAACCUUCUGAAUCCAGGCCUCUGCGGCGACGUUCCAACAGCUUCUCCCUGCCAAGGUCAAAGGAAAGUGACAAGCCCCGGGACAGGGGAAGGGCAGGCAGUGGAGGCAAUCGGGUGAGUGAAGAAAUGAGCCUGGACCCUCUGCAAUGGUCUUACCUGAAGGACGUGUGCCAUUCUGCUCUCGAGAGGCUGUGCAGGGAUGGCAUGGUGCAGAUCUCGGAGCGUCGUGCUGGGGACUGCACUGUGCUAACAUUACAGGCAGAGGACAGGUCCAGGCUCAUCCAGGCUAAGUGGAAGGUGGAAGCUCUUGUACAGAAGUGUCCUGACCUUGUGUGUCAGAGUAUGAGCUACUCAGAGCUUGCUGUCGAUGGUCCAGAUGACAGUGCCUUGGGUGAACUGUGCAGCCUCUUGCAAGGAAAUUCCCUGCAGGUUGGACUCAGCAAAGACAAGUACAAGCUGUGGCUUGUCUGCCCCAAGGAGAUGCUUCCAGGAGUGACCGAGGCCUUCCAGAUGUUUUCUGCCAGGAGGCUCCAUGGUCUAAAGUCUUCAUCCUUGUCUCUAGGACUAGAGAGUACAGGGCAUUCAAGUGUCAUCCAGCUGAGCAGAUGCCACGACAAGGAGCUGAGUGCAGCCCUUCCAGGCAGCCUGGAUUCCCUACAGAUGGGUCUGCAGCACCUGAGCAUUAGCAAAGAAACAGACAACACAGACAUGCCCAGGGCUUUCUGGCUGCCAGAGGCUGAGGAAAAGAGGUCCCCUAGUCCUUGGAGGUUCCAGCAGGCACAGGGGCUGGAGGAGGCCAAUGACCAUGUUGAUUCUAGGGCUGUGCAAAGAGAAAGCAGCCUUUUUAGCCUGAGCACAGUGGAUAACCUAAGUCCUGCUGGUCUGAGGGACUCCCAGGAGCAGCCGAAGACAAAACUGCCUGUGGGGCAGUCUGACAUCACACGGUUAAAACAGGUUUUGCCAGAUAGAUUCCAGUUUGCAAGAGACAAGAGCAGAGGAGGCCACAAUGAAGCGAUGCGGUCUCCAGUUCCUACAGCAGAUGGUGGUCCUGACUCCCUGCCCACCUGGCUCUGCAGGGUUGCAGCUGCUGAUCCCCCCCAUGCUACAGCCAAGCAGCUGCCCGCAGCAGAGCCCAGGGGCCGAGAGUGGGCCCUGCUCCCUGUGGACAGCAGCAAUGUGCAGGAGGAGCCAGGCCCCUCAUCAGAGCAGAGAAGAGGUCCCAGCCUUGGGCAGGAAGGCAGCAAGACCCCUCUGGGCCAGUGUGAUGCUUGCCAGGGCUCAGGUGUGACCUGCCAAGCUCCCUGUGGUCAUGCCUUGUGCAGGACAUGUUUUGCAGCAGACAGGACACAGCCAGCUUGCUGCAGCUCCUCCUCAGUUGUCCCAAGCCGCAAAAUCUUGGGGACAUUCAAGAUCUCCACCCUGUCUCAGAAUCUGCCUGGCUACUAUCGAGACCUAACACUCUGUGUUGCCUACAACAUCCCUGAUGGUGUGCAAGGGGUUGAUGACCCCCGGCCAGGACAGCCUUACAAAGGAGGGGAUUUCUGUGCCUUCCUGCCUGACAACAAGGAAGGGCAGAAGACAGCAAUGCUGCUGAAGAAAGCAUUUGAGCAUGGUCUGACAUUCCAGAUCAAGUCCUGCAAUGGAGAGGAAAGAGUGACAUGGGGCCUUGUCCCACACAAGACCUCCUGGGAUGGAGGCAAAGCCAGGAAUGGCUAUCCAGACUCCCAGUAUCUCCGUGAGGUUUGCACAGUACUGAAGAAUCUGGGCAUUGCCUGAGCUCCCCCAGCCUGAGCAGCCACAGCCUGUGCCUUCAUUGCACCUUCCUUCCCAGCUGACAAAAGUGCAGCUCAACACAGACAGCUCAGGAAAAAGCAGGUUUUGGGCCAAGGAGCUCUGUGUUCCCAGAGUUAACCAGAAAUCUGCCCUUAGUCACAGCAGGACCUCCAUCCCUGCCCCUCACAAGCCUCAGCAUGGAUCAGUGCCAGUUAUGCAGUGUGUUCCUGCACCAGCUCCAGGCUGAGCCCUGGCAUGGCCGUUAGCAGUGUAACCCAAACCCAGUCAGGAGCCUACAUGGAGUCCAGCCCCAUCUUCUGGAAUUCUUGUCCUCUCUCCAGCCACUACAGGCAGGUUCCAGCUCAGCUGCUGCCAGAGCCGUGCUCAGGCAGCACAGCUGUUUGCUCAGACCUUUCUGUCCCCAGGCAGACAGCCUCGAGCUACAGCCCCUCCUCAGCACCUGUUCUGCAGGCAGCAGACAACCUGCCCCCCCCCACUUAACAGUGCCCAGGGCAGCUGCUUUCCAUGAGAAAUACAGGCAUGGGCAGUCUCUGGUGGAGAAACAAAUAAACAAGACU